CACUUCUUUUCGUAAAGCUGACAAGAUUUGAAUCUUACCUUUCACCAUGAAAACGAUCAUUAUCUUUGGUGCCAUUUUGGCUGCGGCUGCUGCGGGUCGUCUUCCUGGACAUCGUGAUGAGGAUCACUAUCAUUAUCAUCAGCCAGCAGCUUCUGAAGAAGUAGCAUCAGGCUAUCAGUAUCCUCAACCGGAAACAGCGGCAUCAGAAAAUGUAGAGUCUGGCUAUGACUACCCCAAGCCACAAGCUUCAGCAAGCAAUCUUUACUUGGCACCUCAAGAGGCAGCACAAGAGACGAGACAAGUCAGCAACGCUUACUUGGCACCCGAAGCUCAUCACGAACAUCAGGAAUCAAGAAACGUUGAAAACACUUAUCUCGCACCUGAACAGGAAUCCAGACAAGUUGAUAAUACUUAUCUCGCUCCAGAAGCCAGCCAACCUGAGAACUCUUACAUUCCACCAAAUCACGGACAAUUUUAAUAUAAUCCAAACUAUUCCUUUUAAUUUUCAGUAAAAUACAUUAAAUCAGUAUUCCAGUUUUUAAACGUCGGUAAUUUAGUAAAACUAAACUUGAUAAUGUAAACAAAUGUGCAUGAAUAUUUUAUGUAUUGUUUCAACUCUUACUUUUAAAUUGUACUUCUUCUAUGCAAUAAUUAAAUAAAUAAUUUCGUUUUAAACAAACUUAA